GUAGAGAAAAGUUCCAACACGGCACAGAAUGACAGAGCAAGCAGGAAAUUCCUCAAGCGUUCUUUGUUGCUAGGUAACAUGGGUUUGGCUUGCGAAAGCAGAGUGUAUAUAUAGUGAGAGAGCUUUCCUACAGCAUGCACAGCUACAUACGAAAGAUCAGCGAGAUCAGCGAGAUCCUGACAGAGAAAGGCAUCUACUGCACCAGAUAUGGGGGUCCUCCUGAGCAGCCUCUACAAUACCCUGAUGAGCUUCUCAGGAACUAAGGCGCGGAUCCUGCUCUUGGGGCUUGACGCUGCUGGGAAGACGACUUUACUAUAUAAACUGAAGCUGAAUGAGACGGUCUGCACAAUCCCAACCAUUGGCUUCAAUGUCGAAACUGUGGAGCCAAUCCGUAAUGUGACCUUUACCGUGUGGGACGUGGGAGGUCAAGACCGAAUCAGGACCCUGUGGAAGCACUACUUCAUGAACACCGACGGGCUCGUUUUUGUGGUGGACAGUGCUGACCCGGAGAGAUAUGAGGAGGCCAGGACAGAGCUCAUCGCCAUCCUGGAGAAUGAUGAAAUGAGAGGUGUCCCCUUCGUUGUGAUGGCCAAUAAGCAAGAUCUACCCGGUGCCAGGAAGCCCAUGGAUCUAGCAGAGGCCUUGGGACUGAUGAAGAUGAAAGGACACCAGUGGCAUGUCCAGGGUUGUUGUGCUGCCACUGGGGAUGGACUUGUCGAGGGGCUAGAGGUCCUCACCAAUAUGGUAAAAGACUUUCAGAAGAAUAAACCAUAAUAAUUGAGAAGGCAUUUUCAAUGGCAAGACUUGGCACUACGUGUAAUUGGGCAAAUGCCUAGUGGGCAACACUGCUUUCUUAUGCAAGUAUCAGAAACGGGACAUAUAUCUCUGCAAUAUGCGGUUAUCUGGAGAGUCGGCUUGGGCCCUUGGGCAAUGGAGCCUCCGAACUGGGUUUGUAAGCUCCAGCGGACAUUACAAACUGAAUACAAGUACAGUACUUGGACUGGAAGGUUUCGAAUAACCUUUUCACACUAUAAAAUUACUAAUUACAGUGGUCCCUCAAGUUACAAUAUUAAUUGGUUCUGGGACGACCAUUGUAUGUUGAAACCAUUGUAUGUUGAUACCAUAACUAUGGAAAACUGGUAAUUGGUUCUGAAGCCACCAAAAUGUCAUACAAAAAUAGUAAAAAGUGAGGAUUAAAGAAAAAUAAGUAGAUAACUAAUACAGAUAAAGCAAAUCCUUACAUAGAAAAGUAAGAAAGAUCUGCUGGGAGCUGUAAUCACUAUUUCAGUGUUUUCCAACCAGGGUGCCUCCAGCUGUUGCAAAACUACAACACCCAACAUGCCCGGACAGCCAAAGGCUGUCCGGGCAUGCUGGGAGUUGUAGUUUUGCAACAGCUGGAGGCAUCCUCGUUGGGAAACACUGGUCUAUGUAGAGGACAGGAGUUUUUUCUGGGUCCUGUACAGAACAAACAAUGUCCUAAAAAUGUAAAAUGGAGCCGCCCUUACCUGGUGUCCAAAGGAGCAGCUAACUGUGGCAAAGGUUAAAAGUAGUACAGAACAUGUAAUACCUCCCUGUACUGUAGGGGGCGCUACCAGACACCAGUCAGUGCAUUCACUUCAGUAAUACAGGGGUUUUAACAGUGAAAUGUCCAUUCUGAUUGGUCGGUUCUUCCAGCCAUUGAUAUGUUUUGCAGAUUCCAUAGCAUUGUAUGUUGAGUCUGGUUUCAAGUUACAAUGGCCCAGAAAAGACCAUUGUAUGUUGAAACUAUUGUAUGUUGAGGCCAUUGUAAGUUGAGGGAUCUCUGUAUAAUACUUCAGCCUCAUAAGAGUGUCUUAGUGAGUACUACAUAUUGAUUAUACUAUGUAUAAAGAAGUUGUGUCAGACGUUGUGGAUAUAUGAUGCUUGGAAUUUAUUUUUGCUAAUAAAUGUUGAUCCUGAGAUUAAAAAAAUCAUUUGAUGCUAUA